CUUUUAACUGUAUACGAUUUGGUCGCGAAGGGUUCACAUACACCCCAUCACUGAUCCAACAGUGCAGCAAUGGGCUCUAUAACACUACCGAUAUCGCUUCAAGUUAUCGUGGUGGGUGGCGGCAUCAGUGGUCUCUCUGCGGCCAUCGCUCUUCGACGUGCUGGCCACCAUGUGACCGUGUAUGAGAAAUACUCCGCCGAUGCCGAUGCCGGAGCUGGGAUUGUGGUAGGCGCAAAUGCCGUCAAGGUUCUCAGGCAGUGGGGUCUCGAUCUGGAAGGCGCCGGGAUGCUCAAAUACAAGGCCGGCUAUAUCCUGGAGGGAAAAACGCUCGAGCGGUUAGACUUUGUCUACGGAGAGGGCAGCCAUGUGAACGAUGAGAAGAGCAAUGGCGAACCGAGCUACAUGGCGACAAGAUCGGACUUGAGGUCGAUGUUGAGGAGGGAAGUCGAGAGAGACGCACCAGGGCAAGGCACUAUCGAAAUUCGGUAUGCGAUGGAGGUCCUGGACUAUGACCCGGAGGUACCAGCGGUCAGGUUUGCGGAUGAGGGGUGGAAGGCAGCGGACUGGGUGGUGGCGUGUGACGGAAUCAAGAGCAAAGCCGCAAGGAUUGUGAGCGGAGGAGAAAAUCCGCCCAAGGCAACCGGUAUGUCGGCCUUUCGGAUGUUGAUCCCCGAUGAAAAGCUGGCAGUGGUCAAGGAAAAGUUCAGACAGGACCACCUGAUUCAAGAAAAGUUCGACAAGAACAAUGGCACGAUUUGGUUUGUUCGCGGAAAGGAUAAACAACUCGUUGUGUGGUGGACAUGUCGCUUUGGCACGAUCCAGGCGUUUGACAUGCUCAUGCCAGACAACGAAAACUACGCCAGCAGCGAAGAUUGGACAGCCCGAUGUAACAAGCAAGUCCUUCUCGACGAGGUUGGGCACUGGCACCCAUUGUUCCAAGAGAUUUUCAGGGCAGCUGAUGAGGAUCCGUUGUUGUGGAAGGUGUGCUCCCGAGCACCAUUGGACACCUUGCAUAAAGGGAAGCUUUCCAUGCUCGGCGACGCUUUACACCCGAUGCCGCCCUUCCGCGGGCAAGGAGGUAGCCAGUCCAUCGAAGAUGCCGGAGCUCUGGAGAUGAUCGCGACCUACAUCACCGACAAGGCGGACCUGCCAAAACGACUCGAGAUAUUGGACAGGGUGAGAGUGCCAAGGUACUCUUGUGCCCAGAUAGUCUCAACAAUUCGCCAAGACGAAGCCAACAUGGAAGAACGCUAUAUCGAAGUGCUGAAUCAAUGCCGGAAAUGGUUUGAAGGAGAGGAUCAAUCUCACCUGAAAAGCAGGGCGGCCUUCCAACAGUGGCUGCUCUCAUAUGACGUCCGAGAAGCUGCACAGAGAGCCGUCAGCACGGCGACAUAGCGACGGCGCGGACAUGGGAGGAAGGCGGAAUCGUGGGAUGGUCGAUGGCGCGCGCGGCGGAACUUGCCUCUUUGGGGCGCGCCAAGAGGCCAGGGAUUCUGUCAUUUGAAAUCGGAACGAAAACUGCCAUUUGAAUCACCGAAGGAUAGAAUGUCUUUGAGAAAU